AAAAACCCUACCUUUCCACCCUCUCCAUCCCAUCCAGACACUCCCGGCCCCGCCGCCGCCUCCCCCUCCUCUCCCUCAGCGCCGCCAUGGCCACCUCGCUCUCCACCCCGUCCCAGCUCCGGCCCUCCCCCUCCCAGGCCGGCCGCCGCGGCCACCUCCUCGCCCCCCACCCGCGCGUCUCCGUCGCGCGCCGCGCCGCCCCGCGCCGCGCCGGCGCCCUCUCCGUGCGCGCCGGCGCCGCGCCCGCCGACGGCGCCGACGCCGUCAACGUGCGCCGCUUCCCGGCCGCGCCGACCAAGGCCGGCCGCCUGGAGGGCGUCAAGAAGAUCAUGAUCCUCGGCGCGGGGCCCAUCGUGAUCGGCCAGGCGUGCGAGUUCGACUACUCGGGCACGCAGGCGUGCAAGGCGCUCGCCGAGGAAGGCUACGAGGUCGUGCUCAUCAACUCCAACCCGGCCACCAUCAUGACCGACCCGGACCUCGCGCACCGCACCUACAUCGGGCCCAUGACGCCGCCGCUCGUCGAGCGCAUCAUCGCCGCCGAGCGCCCCGACGCGCUGCUCCCCACCAUGGGAGGCCAGACCGCGCUCAACCUCGCCGUCUCGCUCGCCGAGUCGGGCGCGCUCGACCGCCUCGGCGUGCGCCUCAUCGGCGCCUCCCUCCCAGCCAUCCGCGCCGCCGAGGACCGACAGCUCUUCAAGCAGGCCAUGAACCGCAUCGGCCUCAAGACGCCGCCCUCCGGCAUCGGCACCACGCUCGAGGAGUGCCUCGCCAUCGCUGAGGAUAUCGGGGAGUUCCCGCUCAUCGUGCGCCCGGCCUUCACGCUCGGCGGCACGGGCGGGGGCAUCGCCUACAAUAGGGCCGAGUUCGAGGACAUCUGCAGGGCGGGGCUGGCCGCCUCGCACACGCAGCAGGUGCUCAUCGAGAAGUCCCUCCUCGGGUGGAAGGAGUACGAGCUGGAGGUCAUGCGCGACAUGGCAGACAAUGUCGUCAUCAUCUGCUCCAUCGAGAACAUCGACCCCAUGGGUGUGCACACGGGAGACUCCAUCACCGUGGCACCCGCGCAGACGCUCACUGACAAGGAGUACCAGAGGCUCAGGGACUACUCUGUGGCCAUCAUCAGGGAGAUUGGUGUGGAGUGUGGUGGCUCCAAUGUGCAAUUUGCUGUGAAUCCUGCGGACGGGGAGGUGAUGGUCAUCGAGAUGAAUCCAAGGGUGUCGAGGUCGUCGGCGCUUGCCUCAAAGGCCACAGGGUUUCCCAUAGCCAAGAUGGCUGCUAAGCUCUCAGUAGGUUACACUCUGGACCAGAUUCCCAAUGACAUUACCAAGAAGACUCCUGCCAGCUUCGAGCCUUCCAUUGAUUAUGUGGUCACGAAGAUACCACGCUUUGCAUUUGAGAAAUUCCCUGGCUCUGAGCCAAUAUUAACCACACAGAUGAAGUCUGUUGGUGAGGCAAUGGCACUGGGGCGUACCUUCCAAGAGUCUUUCCAGAAAGCUGUACGUUCACUAGAGACUGGCUUUGCAGGAUGGGGUUGUGGACCUAUCAAAGAACUUGACUGGGAUUGGGAGAAGAUAAAAUAUAGCUUGCGGGUACCUAACCCAGAUCGUAUCCAUGCUAUUUAUGCAGCUUUCAAGAAAGGAAUGAGGGUUGAUGAUAUCCACGAAAUUAGCUUUAUUGACAAAUGGUUCCUUACAGAGCUCAAGGAGCUAGUGGAUGUUGAGCAGUUCCUUAUAUCAAGGAACCUAGAUCAGUUGUCAAAGGAUGACUUAUAUCAGGUGAAGAGGAGGGGUUUUAGUGACAAGCAAAUUGCAUUUGCUACUUCUUCAGCAGAAAGUGAUGUGAGAUCAAGGCGUUUGGCAUUAGGUGUCACUCCAACAUAUAAGCGUGUUGACACUUGUGCUGCUGAGUUUGAAGCAAACACCCCUUACAUGUACUCUACCUAUGAAUAUGAAUGCGAGUCAGCUCCAACCAAUAGAAAGAAGGUGCUGAUAUUGGGUGGUGGGCCUAAUCGCAUAGGCCAGGGCAUCGAGUUUGAUUACUGCUGCUGUCAUGCUUCAUUUGCACUCCGAGAGGCUGGAUUCGAGACUAUUAUGAUGAACUCCAAUCCUGAGACAGUCUCAACCGACUAUGAUACGAGUGACCGUUUGUACUUUGAGCCAUUGACAGUUGAGGAUGUAUCAAAUGUCCUUGAUUUGGAGCACCCAGAUGGUAUAAUUGUGCAAUUUGGAGGACAAACUCCUCUAAAGCUUGCGCUACCUAUACAACGGUAUAUAGAGGAGAACAAAAUGGUUUCUGCUUCAGGCAACGGGAAUGUUAAGAUAUGGGGAACAUCACCAGAUUCAAUUGAUGCUGCUGAGGACAGAAAAAGAUUUAAUGCAAUUCUUGAAGAGCUUGGGAUUGAACAGCCGAAGGGAGGGAUUGCAAGAAGUGAGUCUGAUGCCUUGGCAAUUGCCUCAGAAAUAGGCUACCCUGUUGUGGUCCGUCCGUCAUAUGUUCUAGGUGGACGGGCAAUGGAGAUUGUGUACAACGAUGAAAAACUGAUUAAGUACCUUGCAACUGCAGUGCAAGUAGAUCCAGAACGGCCUGUUUUGGUGGACAAGUAUCUAAUUGAUGCAGUUGAAAUUGAUGUUGAUGCAUUGGCUGACUCAGCUGGGAAUGUUGUGAUUGGUGGAAUUAUGGAGCACAUUGAGCAGGCUGGUAUUCAUUCUGGUGACUCAGCAUGUUCCCUGCCCACUAGAACAGUCUCAGCCCAGUGCCUAGAAGUUAUCCGUUCAUGGACCACAAAACUAGCAAAGCGUCUGAAUGUCUGUGGACUGAUGAACUGCCAGUAUGCUAUCUCUACUUCUGGCGAGGUGUUCCUGCUUGAGGCAAACCCAAGGGCUUCUCGUACUGUCCCUUUUGUGUCAAAGGCAAUUGGUCAUCCGUUGGCUAAGUAUGCAUCAUUGGUCAUGUCUGGUGUGACUUUGCCUGAACUUGGCUUCACUCAAGAAGUGGUUCCUAAGCAUAUAUCUGUUAAGGAAGCUGUUCUUCCAUUUGAGAAAUUCCAAGGUUGUGACAUUCUUCUCGGACCAGAGAUGCGCAGCACUGGAGAGGUGAUGGGCAUUGACUACGAGUUCUCUGGUGCCUUUGCCAAGGCACAGAUUGCUGCUGGACAGAAGCUCACCUUAAGUGGCACUGUGUUCCUUAGCUUGAACGACCUGACAAAACGGCACCUUGCUGAGAUUGGGCGUGGAUUCCGGGACCUUGGCUUCAACAUCAUCGCCACAUCUGGAACAGCCAAAGUGCUCCAGCUCGAGGGCAUCCCUGUGGAGCCAGUUCUGAAAAUACAUGAGGGGCGACCGAAUGCCAGAGAUAUGCUGAAGAAUGGUCAGAUUCAGGUGAUGGUGAUAACAAGUUCUGGUGACGCACUAGACUCAAAAGAUGGCCUCCAACUCCGCAGGCUGGCCCUCGCCUACAAGGUCCCAAUAAUCACAACUGUGGAUGGGGCACGAGCAACCAUGGAUGCUAUCAAGAGCCUGAAGAACAAGUCGAUCGAGACCCUCGCCUUGCAAGAUUACUUUCAAACUGCAGAUGCGUCGCCUGACUUGCAAGCAGCGGCACAAACCACCCCUUAGAGCCGUGUCUCUAAUUCAUGUAAUGUGAGCCUAGCGCGAACCAAAACACAUCCCAUGUGGUAUUAUGUUUACUUGUUAGCAUAAGUGCACCUGCUGCAUGCAUAAUUGCUAAAAGGUGGGGAUGACUAGCUGAGUACCAAUUACAAUUUUUUGAGAACACUUGAAUUUAGCAUGAACUGCAACAUAUGGAUUAAUAGGGAAGCAGGAUGUUGGUUGCUAUAAGGUGCACAGUUUCUGUUUAAUGAAACUUGGACAUUCUUGGUGUGCACAUCAUAUAUGGCACUGUAACUUCUAAGUGUUGUACUGUUAUUUUCAUGGAAGUGGAAUCCCGGAAUAUUGUUUAGUA